AUGUCUGGUCCCAGCGGCGCAGCAGUGGAAAGUGAUUCUUCGCCACCCCCACGCACAACUGCAGGUGCCGGCCAGCGUCAAUCGACUCCAAUGAACCGAGGCCUCUCUGCGGCGAGCGGACAGCUCCAUAUCCACGGCGUUCGUAUUAACGAUCUGAUACCUUGGGUCACAGAAGACGUCCACAAAGCACAGCAAUGCGAGGCAGACACAAUGCUCGAGUACAUACUGAGGCGUGCUUCGGAGACGCCAGAUGACCUUGAGAACUUGGAUAGCUAUACCCUAUUGGGAAGAUGCAUGGAGAAGGUUCUGCCCAUAUGUAAUGAGGAGGUCAAAGAUAUCAACGGAUUCCCGGUCUCGAACAUCAAAACGGCUCUCAAAAAUUACACGGCGUGUGAACAGGAGGAUGGCUUGUACCAGCCCUUUGUCCAGGCGUCCAACACUGCUCUUGCGCACCUGCAGAGCCUGGAGAUCGUUGGUAUGCGUAAAAAGGAAAGUGCGGAAGUACAGAUGUUCUUUCAGCGCAACGAUCCGAAGGUCAUCUCUCAAUAUCACGAAGGGCAUUUUUCGAAACGCAAACCAGAUAUUGUCGCUAUUCCAUUCGCGAAGGGCCCCCAGCAUUCUACAGAGACUGCACUCAGCGGCUGGCGCGACCAUGUAUCGACAAUAGGUCCAGGUAAGGCACCCACGGCGAGCUCGUGGAAGGAUGUGCUCGGCGUCUUUGAAUUUAAGCGAUGCAAGUCGAAGAUGACGCCGCCUCCCAAUAUAUACGUCGUGUCAGAGUACCGGGCUUCCAAACCAAUGUUUUUGCAGAUUGGCAAAGAUGGAAAUGAAACGGAGGCUGUCGCCGCCACGCGAGCGACACUCGCAGCACAGGCUCUGCUACGCAACGCAGGUCCCAACAUGACUCCUCAAAGCACUCGAGCGGGAUCCCGGAAACGCAAGUCGGGGGCUGAUUCUGAGUCUCGCGCGAGCAAGCGAUCCAGGCCCGAGGAGCCCCGGGCACACGUAACAAUCCAGACAGCGCUGUACGCUGCUGAAAUGCAGUCCGCCAAUAUUGCGAUGAAGUAUGGCCUCAAUUACAUUGUUAUAGGCGACGACAUUUGGAUUUGGUAUUACGACCAUCAAGGCCUCAUCAGCGUGGGGGGAUUCAAUUUUGUUCAAGAUCUCCCUCGCUUUCUGGUGCUGUUAUACGCUCUCCAGCGAUUCAAUUUGGAGGACUGGGGUCGAAACACAGAAUUUCAACCGAAUCUAGAAGGGGACCGCAUCGAGUCUCACACUAUCGAGGUCAAUGGAAAAACACUGACAUUGGACAACUCGGAGAGAAAAACCCGGCUUGGGCUGGGAGGACGUGGGACUCAUGUUAUGGACAUCACCUGCUAUACACAAAAGCAGGAGAAGCUUACGGAAACGGCCGACGGCAUGGUGGCGAAAAUUUACUGGGCGGAGGAGGCACGAAUGGCUGAGGAAGAAAUUUUGGUACACGUUGAGAAAAUUGCGCAGCAAGUCAGGAACGUCCAAGGACACGUGCCGGUCUUGCUCUUCUCGCAGAGGUUUCCGGUUUCCACAUGUAAAAUUAGGAGGGCUCUUGGCCUCACGAACCCUGAGAAAGGCAGCCGGACGCUCGUCCUGCUCGUGUUCAAGAAGCUUUCGCCAAUCAAAGAGCUCAAUGACCACGAAGUGGUCAACGCAUGGUGGGAAUGUGUUUUGUGUCACCAUGCCCUCUGGAAUAAAGGGGUCUAUCAUCGUGACGUGAGCGUCGAAAACCUGAUGUACUCUAGGGUGGGCGGCAAGGUGACGGGCGUCUUAAACGAUUACGACCUUUCGUCUUUGGAAAGUUCUUCCAACCCGUUGGGUAACGAGAGGACUGGAACGAUACCGUUCAUGGCGAUUGAUCUCCUCGAGGAACGUGGUCAGAAUGGCGAUGUGAAGCACCAAUACCGCCAUGAUAUGGAAUCGUUCAUCUGGGUAUUCCUCUGGAUUUCCCUACAGUACAAGGACGGCACGGCGCUAGAACCCGGACCCCUGGAUUCAUGGGCCAAAGUCAAUGCCCAUGGAUGUGCUGCAAUGAAGAGGAGUUUCCUGGGUUGCGCUGGCAUUGUAGUCCCUGGUGACACCCCCAACCUCGUUCUUGUGUUGACGCUCGCGAAUUUUCUUUGGCAGAAGUACAAUGCCCGUCAUAGCUUCAUCAUUAAGAAAAGGAUUGCUGAGGCAAAGCUGCAAAGUGGAGGGCCGGGGCCUGCUACACAGCAUGCAGCUACCAUCAAGAAACUCGACGAUGACAAUCAGCUUGCUGAGGAAACAGCAGAUACGGUGUUUCGAGAGCUUUGUUCCGAAUUGGACGUGAAAAUUGACAAAGAUUAG